CUAGCGUCGCAGGAUAUCAUCGUAGUCGGUGUAGAAUACCGGAUCGGUCCCGACGGCUUCCUUAACAUGCAGUACAGUAACUCGGGACUGAAGGAUCAAAUCCUGGCGUUGAAGUGGAUUCGAGAUAACAUUGGAUAUUUUGGAGGGGAUAAGAAUAGGAUUACACUGGCCGGGGAA